AUGGAGCCAAUGAUAUCUCCAGUUUCCGAUCCCCACAGCCGUGAUCUGGAGGGAGACUUCCCGCUAGACGGAAGGGACCUUGACUCCGUCACAGACGAGGCUCUGGCAGGCUUUCUUGAGUCUGCCCCUGUGCUACACAAACUUGGCGCCACAAAAGUUGUGCGGCUCUCACGGCAUUUGGUGAUGAAAGGCGGCGGCAGUGUCCUACCAUGUGAAGCGGAGACCCUCAAUUUCGUUGCAUCCAAAACCGGCAUCCGAGCUCCACGAGUUCAUCGUGCAUUUCAAGUCGAAGAUGAGACGCAGCAAAUCGCUAUGCAGAUUGCAGACAUGAUCAAAGAGAUGCAGGCUGUCGUAAUCUCGCAGCCAGGUCCCCUCGGUGGUGGUCCAUUUCGUGGUCGAUUCUUCACCGACUAUAGUGCAGGUCCGUUCAAGGACAGUGCUAAAGUUCAAAACUGGUUUAAUCACAAGCUUGAGAUCUGUAAGCAAGUAAACCAAUGUCCCAAAGAUAUCUCACCGUUUCAAUUCAGCACAUUUGUCCUCACUCAUCAGGACAUAAGUCCUCGAAACCUGAUUCUAGACCACAAUGGAGAAGUGUGGUUGAUUGACUGGGCGAAUGCUGGUGCAUAUCCCCCUGCCAUUGAAAGUGCUGCGUUGUUGGCCCAGCAGUUUUUUAUUGGCUUCAAUGAAGCGGUUUUGGCUGUGAUUCCACGGUUCCCCGAGGAAGAGCGACAGCUCGAUUCAAUUACAUAUGGGUUAAUUACUGCGGCAUUGGCUUAA